CCAUGGGGACGAGCUCCCUCCGCAGCAGGUUCCGGCGCCUGGAGACCUCGCCUCCUCCGGGAGGUAGCCCCGCCCGGCUGUAGGCAUGGCCCAGGAGACGGAAGACUACGACCCCAUCGGAUCCAUAUUAAUCCAGGUCCAAGAAGAACUUUAUCAAUUAAAGGAGAAAUUAACAAAAUUCCCACAUGAGGAAAAAGGCGAAACUCUUGACAUUCAGAAUCUUGAAACAGCAAUCAAAAGGACUGAAAUGGGGUUAAAAAUUCACAUCGAGAAGUAUUUAAAUGUUGUACACCAACGUGUUUUAACAACUCCUAUUGAUGAUAUCUUAUAUUCUUCUCGCGCUUCCAAAUGGUUGCUUCCAGCUGUAAUUGAUCAGAAAUCAUUUAUUUUCCCUCUGGAAUCUGAGGGGAAACUUUGGCAACCCCCAAGACAGCACAGUUCACUUCCACAUGCCUUUCCAAGAGUAAAGCGAAAGACAGGGUUGAAUAUAAAAAUCAUGCAGGAUCCUGAAAACAUCCACCACAGAGCUGCUGUAAAUGCGACCUAUGGAAUCAGUUUGCCAUGUAUUAAUCAGAGAAAAGCAUGUGUGAAGGCUCAGAAGUUAAUAAAAGGGUCCACCAUAUCCAACCUCACGGUUCUGCCAGCUUCUCAACGCACGAAUCCCUAUUUCACCCCUGUGCCAGUCUUACAAGUGGAUGCCAAUAAAGGUAUUUUAAGUAUGAGAGAACAAGGAUUGAUUCCACCAACAGCAAGAAUUACCUUUCAGAAUCCACCCAUUACACCCAGAGCGGCUCCUCUGCGUAGUUUUGAUGAAGCACGUAAGAUUUUGACUACCGCCCCUUUCGCUACACCCCAGAGAACACAAUCGAUUCCAGCGGAAGUGAAGACUCCCUCUCUCAGGAAACAAAGAUCAAAGGCCAUGAAAGUGACAACACCUUCUAAGGCUCUGAAAUCACCAUGGGAUUAUGACUUUUUUAUUUAUAAUGGUGCUGUAGACAAGACAGCCCCAGACUUCUUAGCGUUCAAGGAGCAUUUCAGUUUGUCUUGGGGAAGUAUUUUUUCUCUCUUGGAACACAUCGAGAAGUUUCUCAGGAACUAUGCGAUACCAGAAGUCAAAAUAAAAGGGAACAGUUUAGUAGCGCUCCUUCCAGAGUUUGAGCUGAAGAAUAAACUUACCAGAUACGACUUUCUCUCAGUGUUAGAGAACCCAGCUCACAUCCAAAUGAUGUUAAAUCUUCCCGGGCAAAGAUACAAGGGCCGAGAUGGAAAGACAGAGGCUGCCAUGAAGAUCCAAGCCACAUGGAAAUGCUACAAAGCAAGAAGAUUCUUCCUUGUUUAUCACCGGCAGAAGUGGGCAUCAGGUGUGAUCACCGUUGCAUGGCUCUUACAUCGCCAUAAGACCCGGCUGAGGAAGCUCCUGAAGGAAUCACGUGAAAGACACCUGGAGAAUUUCCGCGUUCGAGCCAAGCAUCUGGCAGCCAACUGGAAUCGCAUCAGGACCUCCAGGAGGACUAUUAUCCAUAUCCCAUCAUUAGGGUAUUCCCAGCCUGUGCGACAAAAUAUUGACGACUUCAGCACGCAGCAGAACAUGCAGCUGGGGAGGCUGUGUGACAUCUUAGAUGCCAACGUAAACGUCAUCUACAUCUGCUCCCAUCGAAUGAAUGACGAGUUGCUGCUGUAUUACAAUAAAAUCCUGAGUCUACAGGCAGCUGUCAAAUCAGGGAAUCUUAAGGACAGAAGUGACCUGCGGGACAGGUUCAAAAUUAUCACCCCUGAAGCUAUAAGCAUCUUCACUAUAAUAGAACAGGUGAGUCAGCUGGUCAUUGAUCACCUGGAAAUCCAACGCUGGCUCUUUAAAAUGGACUAUGAGUUUGGAGGAAAUGGGACUGCAUUUUGUGACAUUCCAUCCCACCUAAAGUGCUACAAGUGGGUCCUAAAGGAGAGUCACAGAUACGGCCGUGAAGACUGGAGAAAGAAAUGGGCACAAGAGCCAGCUUUGGUGAAGAUCUCCGAGGAGCUGGCGGGCGUUUUAGCACAGCACGCACAGCCAGUCAAUGAGAAACGGUUCCCGACAUGGAGGAAAUUCCUCCAAACAUUUCUCAGUCAAGGAGGCGUGAUCGAAGCAUACCCCCCUUCAGAGUGCGUCACCAACCUGACAGUAGACAUGCUGAUAGAACCCAAUGGGGGAAUCAGGAUACUGUCAACAGGGGACCAGUUUCAUGCCGAAGGCCCCUUCAUCUCCUCUGGGACCACCAUGCCUCAGACCUCAUUGGAUCCCCAAGUUCUCAGUUCUUUGUGCCUUCAAAUUGGAAAUGCUUGUAAAAUGAAAAACGUGAUUGGUUACUUUUCCAUCAACCUGGUGACUUUUAUUGAUCCAAGGACCAUGGAGCAGCAGGUGUGGGCAACAGGCCUCAACCUCUCAUACAGUGACCAGCUGGCCCUGACUCAGCUCACCUUAUACUUGACCAACGGCCACCUGGAUUGCAGUUUGAGCACCCUUGAAGUGCCCCGCUUUGUUCCCAAGGAAGACAAGAAAAUGAGCCACCUAAAUGCUGCGGCAAUGCCGAUGGUUGCAACCAGUCGCUAUGCGGUGAUGAGCACCAAGCUGAGGCACGACAAUCUCUCUCUGAUUUUCCACUAUGUUUUUCUCCAGAUGUGUAAGGCCCAUGGCAUCGGCUAUGAUAUUGAGAACAAUCGGUGAGGAUCUCCAGGGGGUCCUCAUGACCUUUGCUCGCAAUCUCUUCAUCAUCCAUCAAGAAAUAUCAGCACCUAAUAUGGAAGGCGAGAC